AUGCGCUCUGUACACCCGUGCACGAACCAGACACCUAGCCCCGGAGCCGGGGGUCCCAAUGGCCUCACCAAGGCAUUCAUAGCAGGCGCCUUCGUGCUAGGCAUGGGCGCGGGCAUCUGGUUUGACACCCAGGUCACCUUCCAGCCCCAGAACGUCGCCUCCACGGUGCUGGUGGACACCAAGACCCCCAACAGCGAGCUGUGCAUGGCCAACGGCUACUCCUCCAUGGUCUUCGACCAGCGCAUCUUCCUGUCCUUCAACCCGUUCAACGUUUACGUGGCCCAGCCGGAGGUCAAGCCCGGGUGCGUGCUGCGGCGCAGCAACGUGGGCGUACUGGAGCGCAGGGGCCUGGUAGACGGCGACCAGGUGUCGGCCUGCAAGCGCUCCAUGAACACCUUUGCCUUCGUGGGCGACCUGGCGGGGCGGCCGGAGGUGGCCUGCGUCUACCACAGCGAGGACGCGGAGAACCAGUUUCUGCGGGACCCGAAGAUGGGCACGCACAUGCGUGGCAGUGAGCGGCGACGUGUGGCGGCCGGCGUGGCCUCUCCUUGA